CCCGCCCGCCCAGGGCGCUGUGCGCCGCGCAGGCCGCGCUCUCUCCGGCGCGAUGCGGCGCUAGGCGGCCCGGGGCGAGGCAGGCGAGGCCAGGGCGCGCGCGGCCUCCCGCAGCGGGCGGCGGCCCCGGGCGGGCGCCCCGACGGCCCCGCCGCCGCCCCGCUCCCGGCCCGCGGCCCGCCCUGCCGCGGCCAUGGCCAGUGACAGCGGCGGGCCCGGCGUGCUGAGCGCCAGCGAGCGCGACCGGCAGUACUGCGAGCUGUGCGGGAAGAUGGAGAACCUGCUGCGCUGCGGCCGCUGCCGCAGCUCCUUCUACUGCUGCAAGGAGCACCAGCGCCAGGACUGGAAGAAGCACAAGCUGGUGUGCCAGGGCGGCGAGGCCCCCCGCGCGCAGCCCCGCGCCAGCGCAGCCCGCGUCGCGCCCCCGCCCGGUGGGGCCCCCGGAGCCGCGCGCGCCGGCGGGGCGGCCCGGCGAGGGGACAGCAGCACGGCGGCCUCGCGCGUACCGGGCCAGGACGCGGCGCAGGCCGGGAGCGGCCCCGGCCCGGCAGAGCCCAGCUCCGAGGAUCCUCCGCCUAGCAGGUCUCCGGGCCCCGAGCCCAGCCUGUGCCCAGCGGGCGGCGGCCCCGGGGAGGCGCUGAGUCCCAGCGGAGGGCUGCGGCCCAACGGGCAGACCAAGCCGCUGCCCGCGCUGAAGCUGGCGCUGGAGUACAUCGUGCCGUGCAUGAACAAGCACGGCAUCUGCGUGGUGGACGACUUCCUGGGCAGGGAGACCGGGCAGCAGAUCGGCGACGAGGUGCGCGCCCUGCACGACACCGGCAAGUUCACGGACGGGCAGCUGGUCAGCCAGAAGAGUGACUCUUCCAAGGACAUCCGGGGGGACAAGAUCACCUGGAUCGAGGGCAAAGAGCCCGGCUGCGAGACCAUCGGCCUGCUCAUGAGCAGCAUGGACGACCUGAUCCGCCACUGCAGCGGGAAGCUGGGCAACUACAGGAUAAACGGCCGAACGAAAGCCAUGGUCGCCUGUUACCCAGGCAACGGGACAGGCUACGUCCGUCACGUCGAUAACCCAAAUGGAGACGGAAGAUGUGUGACAUGUAUAUAUUAUCUAAAUAAAGACUGGGACGCCAAGGUGAGCGGAGGUAUUCUUCGAAUUUUCCCAGAAGGCAAAGCCCAGUUUGCUGACAUUGAACCCAAGUUUGAUAGAUUGCUGUUUUUCUGGUCUGACCGGCGUAACCCUCAUGAAGUACAGCCUGCAUACGCCACAAGGUACGCAAUAACCGUUUGGUAUUUCGAUGCAGACGAGCGAGCAAGAGCUAAAGUAAAAUAUCUCACAGGUGAGAAAGGUGUGAGGGUUGAACUCAAGCCCAAUUCAGUCAGCAAAGAUGUCUAGCAGGGCCUUGGGUCCAGCAGUACCCGCGUCACCUACAGCCUCUCAGUUGCCUUCUGUGGACCCGUGGACAUGUGGCCAGGAUGAACAGAGACACCUGCCUGCCAUUUCAUCUGGGAGCCAGGCGACUUCGCCAGGUGUCAUCCAACAGAGGGCUCCAUCUGCCGGGACUGUACUGUGGGGUCAGCUCCAGAUCUGUGACUGCUCUUGGCCGCUGACUGAAGAGGAGACGCUGUCGGAGGAGAGUAGCUUUUCCAUCUGGACACAAAACAAGGGCCCUUUGUAGGAUUUUCUUCAGUCUUCUAUUUUGCCAGACCUGUCACCUAACUGAGUUCAUUUCAUCUCUUUUUUAUAUCAAGUUUGAAUUCGGGGAAUUUUUGUAUUAGGUACAAUUUAUCAAAACUGAAUUAAGAAAAAAAAUUUACAGUAUUAUUCUCAAAAUAACAUCAAUCUAUUUUUGUAAACCUCUUCAUGCUAUUAAAUUUUGCCCUAAAGGCCUCCUACGAUGAUUGUCGCCAGUGAAUGAUGAUUCCGUUUCUUCUGCCUGAAAGUAAAGGAAGGGCCCCGAGUCCUGGCUCACGUGCGCGAGGUUUUUCUUGGCCCGUCUCUCGGUGAUUCGAACUCGGAAAGGUCGCUGCCCUCACGCUCCGACCUAACAGUGGAUGGUCGCCACCGGUGCCCAACUAACUCAUAGUUCCGAGAGGAAACAAGCCACAGGAAAAGGCUCUGUGUCUUCGGUUAAUUUUUUUUUAAAGCUAAGUGACGGGCGAUAAAUGAGCUCCUCCUCCUCGGCUUCGGGUUCCCAAGACAAAGGGCUCUCUUCUGCGUCAGGUCUAGCCUGUCGCCGGCCUUGUCUCACGGCUGCAGGUUUCCCUGUGGCUUCUCCUUAGUUUGACUGUGCUUUCCAGACCCUUCCAGGUCAGGACCUUGUUCUUGCAGCAAGGCACCUGGUGGCCCCAGGCACAUGGCUGUGUGUGUGUGGUCCUCGGCUCCCUGGACGGCCAUGAGGCACUCUCAUAACCAGUAAUGAAAGCCGUGUGUGCCAGCUUAGAGAGCAAGAGGUGUACAGGCACACUCUCUGUUUCAUGGGUUUUUCUCUUUUUAGGGGACAGAGGGACAACCACACAAGGCCGCCAGACUGCUGUCACCUCUACGGUCCCCUUAGCCAGAGUUUGCACAGAUCAUGGGUGUAACCCCUGUCCCCUUAGGUGUUACGUCUCCAACCCCGGUCUUUGCCAAGACGUGCGUAUACAGAACUAUUUCUGUGUGUCUCCCUUCAUACCAGACUUAGCACCCGCGCAGUUCAUAUCCAGUUAGAAACCUUUUCUAUGGGAAGGAAGCUCAGCCCUUCUUAAGAAAUUGCCAUUGUUCAUGUAAAACAUGAACACAGCCAAGUAAAGCCGAGAGUGGACAGGGCUUACUCAGCACUGUGCUCGAAUGAGGGGCUCACAGCAGGAAGUCCACUCCUGACCCACAUCCGCUGACCGCCUCUCCAGCAAGUGCCUCUGCGGCCGGGCCAGCCCAAGGUUUGGCCGCCCGGCUCCGAAGCACCGUGUUUCACAUUUGGGAGGAACUGUUUGGCCUUGAUGCACGAGGUCUGAUUGACUGGAGCAGCAGACCCUGGAGUCCUUUGUAUCUCAGACUUUUACUGAUGUACCAGGUCCCAGGUUCUGCUGCAGGGGAUGGGGCCGGGUGCACGCGCCAGGCAAAAUUUAAAUUCUAUAUCUUUUGGAAAGCGCAUGCUUUCCUGGAGGUCACUGUGAAAAACAACAAGAAGAAAUCAGGCUAGCUACCCCCUAUAAUGCCCACUUAAACUCAAUUUCAUGAGCAGGAUUCUAUUUAAAACCAUUUGUGGCCCAUAUGUGUUCGUCCUGGUGAAAGAGAAAGCUUUAUGAUUCUGUUUCUGUUCAACACCUCAACCAGUCGUGGAACAGCCCUCUAUCCACGACAGGCAGGGCACUUCAGGGUUCGCAGAGAGACUUGUGUGGUUUGGAAGUGGUGUUUCCUAUGAAAGCCUCUCACGUUGCUUGUAAAGCUAAUCUAAUUAAAAAGAUGUAUAAAUGUUCUUGA